AUGAAGUUUGGGCAAGAUCUUGCAGAGCACCGGGUGCCUGAGUGGCAAUCUCAGUACCUGGAUUACAAAAAGGGGAAGAAGAAGCUCAAGAAGCUUAGCAAGAAACCAAGCAUAUUGAAAAGCUCUCUGACGCAAGGCAGAAACAAUGCAUCUGAACAUCGAGAUCAGGGCACAUGGGCAGAGUCUCCAUCCUCUGAUGCGCAAAAGCCUGUUUAUAGUAGCGCUCUCCAUACUGAAGAUCCAGGAAUUGAGCGUUUGCAGUCCUUCAAAUUGCCCUCUCCAGCUUUGCUUCCCUCAGACCGCAAAUCAUCUUCUCCAGAGACGCUUCCUCGUAAAGUUAGCGAUACCACUCCGUUGUUAUCCAGUGAUGACCCAAAACUUAGCACAGGUAGUAUAAAGGAAUCACCGAAACUUGCAGGACAAAUUUCGAGGCACCAAUCGACGGUAUCGCGUUUCAUUGUGAACCUCAAGAGAGUUCACUCACUCAAUACAAGUCCUGCUACUGGUACCGAAAUGGAGGGAUUGGCACGGUCUGCUCGCGAGGAUUUCAUUGGGUGGGUCAAUUCGGAGUUUGAUAAAGUUGAGAGGUUCUAUAGGGAACGGGAGGAUGCAUGCUUGGACCGGUUUCUUGUUUUGCAGGAUCAAGUUGUUCAACUCAACCAGCAGAAACAAAGAUCAACCCACAAGCUUUCCAGACUCCGUGACCUGCGUAAAAAACGCAAAGGCCCUGAUAACAACGUGGUGUCCACAGUAUCGUCAGUUCCGAUCGAAGGACGCCAUUCGUCAGAUACUAGCACGAUGCACUCUUACGAGGAAUCGUCUGAUGAGGAGGGUGCUAUGACUCGUGCCAUACAUAGCAAUUUCUGGUUUGUUGCUUACUUGACCAAACGCAAAUUCAGAAUAAUCAACAAAUUUGACACUCCUUCCCUUCCAAAGUUCGAAUGGCUCAGAGAAAAUGGGUCCGCUGAAAAGCAGUAUUAUGACGAAGACAGAGAACAGGUUUACGACAACAGGCGCGAUUAUAGACGACGCCAAUCCGCACAGCCGGCAAUACCAUACUAUUCAGCAAGAAAGACACUCAAAAAGGCUAUUUAUGAGCUUUACCGUUCAAUGGAGCUCCUCAAAUCGUACAAAGUGUUGAACCGUACCGCUUUCCGCAAGCUCAUCAAGAAAUAUGACAAGGCAACAGAUGACAACAUUCUUCCAAUAUACAUGCGCAAGGUCGACAGCUCUUAUUUUGUCACUUCCGACCUCUUAGACAAUCUGAUGGCAAAGAUAGAAACAAUAUUUACGGAUGUCUUUGAAAAUGGGAACCGCAAGGUGGCUUUGACAAAAUUGCGAUCCAACGAAGCUGAGAAACAGUACUACAUCUCCACGUUCUCAGGGUCUUUCUUGCUUGGGUUUGCCAUACCUGUAUUCGCUUACACUAUUUAUUUGGCAUUGCAUAAGAUGAAGAUAGGUGAACUACCAGAAGGAAGGUUUUUGUUGCAGAUCUGGGGUGGCUUCUUUUUUUGCUGCCUGAUGGGCCUGUUGUUUUCCAUUAACUGCUACGUUUGGAGUAUUUACAAAGUGAACUAUAAAUUCAUAUUUGAGUUCAAUCCAAGAGAUGCUCUGGACUACCGUCAGUUUUUUGCUAUGUCAUCUGUCUUCUUCUUUCUCGGAUGCGUUUUAGCCUGGUUCAGUUUUGAGAAUUUCUGGAGCAAUACAUUUGAUGGCAGGAAUUGGCCCUGGAUCUAUCUUGGAGUCUGUGCACUCAUUCUUGUGUGCCCAUUCGACAUCCUGUUUUUGAAUUCUCGCACAUGGCUACUAUCCUCAUUUUUCAGACUUAUCCUUUCAGGACUCUACCCGGUGGAAUUUAGAGACUUUUUUCUUGGAGACGUUUUGUGCUCCCUAACGUACUCGAUUUCCAAUUUGUCGAUGUUUUUCUGCUUGUACGCCACUCACUGGCAAGGGUGCUUGGACGGUUCUGGAACGACAAAGUGCGGCUCUUCAAGAUCAAGAUUGCUUGGGUUUUUGUCAACUUUGCCUAGCAUUUGGAGAUUUUUACAGUGCUUCAGGAGAUACGCGGAUACUGGCGAGUGGUUCCCUCAUUUAGCCAACAUGGCGAAAUAUACCGGCUCAAUUCUCUACUACAUGUCCCUGAGUCUGUAUCGUAUCGAGACCGUGACCAAGUACAGAGCAUUAUUGAUCACGUUCGCGACAAUCAAUUCCGUUUACUCGUCCAUGUGGGAUAUCUUCAUGGACUGGUCACUUUUACAAUUUGACUCGCACAAUUAUCUACUCAGAGAUCAUUUGAUCUUUGAGAACAAAUGGUAUUAUUAUACGGCCAUGGUGACGGAUGUUAUUCUGCGUUUUCAGUGGAUCUUCUAUGCUUUCUUCAAGACACAGAUCCAACAGUCAGCAGUGACUAGUUUUUUCAUUGCUCUGGCAGAGAUCAUUAGACGUUUUAUCUGGAUAUUCUUCAGAAUGGAAAAUGAGCAUGCCACAAACGUUCAUCUUGCUAGGGCAUCGAGGGAAUUGCCGCUGCCGUAUCCUAUUAUUGUUAGAAAGGCCACAGCUCCUAGCGAACCGACGGCUGCAGAAGCAGAACGCGUAGAUGAAGCUGCCGCAGAAUCUCUUCGCAGAAACACUGUUAUCGGCCAAAUCUCCAGAAUGCUCAAUAGCGCGCACAUCAAAGAUUUCCAGAGAAGGAAGACAUCCAAACAAUGGAAAGAUGAGGACGACAGCGAUGAUGAGGAUGCACAGUGA